GCUGUCUAACAACAUGGCUACCAACGACAAGCUUGAGUACCUUAAUCUUUCUCAGGACGAAAUUAAGCGCUUGGAAGAAGCGCUGAAGAAGGAGGAGUUUCGCAAACUUUUAGUGGAAUAUGCGGAAGAGAUAUCGAAUCCCGAGAACAAGCGUCGUUAUGAGGAAGAGAUUGCUCAACUUGAGCGCGAGCGAGGAAUGGAUGUGACGUUUGUCACCCCGGAGCCAGGAUAUGUCCUGAAAACAAGUGUCAACGGUACCACUAAAGCUUUUAUCAACAUUAGCAAGAGUGACAAACUGGAUAAGCCCAAUUCUACGCGGCAGCAAGGUCCAGACGGCAAAAAUGGAUUGCUGUGGCAAAUUCCGCACUCGUUUGCACCUCCGCGAGAGGACCGGGACAAGUCAAAACGAAUUUGCCAGGUAUACGACUUCGUUAUUCAUCCAGAUACGUACCGCAUGGCAGAAAGCAAUGGUCGCUUUAAGAAAUUAGUAGAGGACACCGCAAUGGAAGGCAUAGAGAAACAAUUUGGUGUCAAACUUGACCGAAAGAAUGUUAAACGACCAAAACUGCAUUUUAAAGGAACACCCAUCGCCACUGUUAUUCGCACCCGCAGUGCCAGUGGCCCACAGAACAUUCCAGAUCCCACAGGCAUACUUCAGAAUAUGCCAUAUCCAUACGACAACACUACCAGUGCAGAGAAGGCACAGAAGCAGGAACGAUGUUGUUCCAAUAGAGUCAAAAAAGAAAAUAGUAAUAAGAUACAAGCCAAUAGCGAGAAUAAUGAUGAUGUGGUGAUACCCGUUUACAACAUUAUCCAUCGCUCACAUAUUGACUUACAAGAUUUUCGCCAUGCUCCAGAUGCCAGUCCAAGCGCAAGACCUAAAGAACUGGUGGUUAAAAUAGAGCUGCCUUUGUUGAGCACAGUCACACAAGCAGAUUUAAAUAUCUUUGAAAAGCGCUUGCUUCUAGAAUCAGUCUGGCCAGCAAAAUAUAGGUUGGACCUUACACUUCCAUACAGUGUAGAUGAUACAGAGGGAUCUGCAAAGUUUGACAAACAAAAGCGCAUACUAACAGUAACCCUUCCUGUUGUGCAAGAAGACACACCAGGUCUUUUUCCUUAUCUUGCAAAUGGUGAAGCAGCACCUGAAGAUGUCACAGAGAAACCUCUGAUCGAAGUCAUUUCAUUACCUGAUGCGAUACUUGAUAAGCAUGCCCAGGAAGCAUGGAGUGAAAAGCAGUCUGCAUCUUCAGGAGUCUUAAAUAGUGCUGUUAAUGGUCACUCAACUAGUAUCACCUACUCUUUUCCAGACUUUGCUUUUACUCAAGAGCUUGAGACAGUGUCUGUUAUUUUACAGGUUAAAAAUGUAGAAGAAGCCUCCUUGGAAAAGGUGUUCCCUGCUGCAAAUGCAAUGCAUCUCAAGUGUAUGUCAUGUGGCCAUGGAGGCUUCCCCAUGCAUUACAGUUUCUUUGUGCAGUUUGCUGAAGGCUGCGAUGUGGCCACUAGCGACUGCUCAGUGGAUGUCCACCAAGACAAUGUGACCAUUCUGCUCCUGAAAGAUCGUUCAGCACGAAGCUUGUGGCAACAGUUCUGGGCAGGCAUUGAUUCAACUACAUUAAAAGAGCACCAGUUCCAGACAUGCACUGUUCUGGAACAACAGCUGGAUCAGCUGGAUGCUGCAGCUGCUGAGCAAGAAGAGAGUCGCAGGACAAGCUGUGAACAGCUAGCUAACCUUCAAGUGCUGACAAUGGAUGAAAAGAAGUUAACAGUCAAAGUCUGUCCUGCUGCAGCUAACAAGAAGCAGGCACACAGAUACACAAGCGAUGAGGAUGAGGAGUAUGACCCUCCAUCUUCAGCUGAGAUCCAGGUGGUACACUCACGACCACCACCUCUUCUGCAUGGAAUCCUCAAGCAGCAUACAGUGUCUGAGUCUAGUGAAGAUCAGAAUGGUGAUCAAGAGAGCCCCAGGUCACCAGGAGAGGAGGAGGAGGAGUUGUCCUCUUCACUGGGAAAGAGGAGGUCAGUGUCCUUUAGUGAACACAUUGACCAAGCUACCUUCAAGACCUCUUCUGCAGUCAGCAGCAUGACCAUGGCACUCAAGAGUAAACGCCGACGUCAGCGCAAGCGAGAAGAGCGUGGCUCAAGGCGGCGGCACAACAGUGGAGGUUCUGAGGGUAGUGGAGAUGACCAGACUCACAGCUUGUCAGAUUCCCAUUCUCUAAGUGAGGAGGAAAGUGGCCAUGACAGGACCCUCAAGCUGACGCAAAACAAGAAAUGGAGAACUGCAUCUAGUCCAUCAGUAGCUGAUUGCACACCCAAAAUUGAAGAGGUCAAGUUACAAAACACUUCCUUACCCAAGUGUGAAAUAGAUCAAGAAGGCAAAGGUGAAAUAGAAAUAACACAGCCAAGAUAUGAAGCUGAUUCUGGAAAGCAUUGCAUGCUAAAACAUAUAUCAGAUUCCAGUGCCAGUGCCCAGGCUGCAGGUGAAGAAGCCAGGGAAAAGAAAGUUCAUCCUGCAGCUAAUGACAGCAGUGGGAACAGAUGCAUUGUUGAAUGUGCUAAUGAUGACAUCCCACUUGUUACAGCUGAUGAAUCCAUUCAGAAAAGCUUACCUAUUACAGCCAGUGAAAAUGGUCAAAAAUGUCUCCUUGUUAAAGAUGACAAAGCCAAUAAUACAAUAUUUGGUACUGUAGAUGGAAAAGCCUUGAGGACCCAACCUGUUUUGGUAACCGAUGGAGUCACCAAGCCAUGUGGCACUCUAGCAGAAAGGACUAAACAUGUACAGUCUGCAUGUGGUGAUAACACACUAGCAGUCAGCAGUGAGCAUGUUAAUUCCACCUCUUACCAUGAUGUGUUUGAGAGCAAACAUUCACUUGAGGGAAAAAUUUCUUUGGCUUCAAAGCUUGCUAGUGGCAAUGGUGAUGAUAAUCUUGAAGAUAUGAGAAUGCAAGAACAGCUUACUAUCACCAGGGAGGCUGAAAAACUACAGAACAAAGAAGGACCUCAUCCGUGGGUGAAUGGAACUGCAGACAAGACAGACAAAUAUAAAAUUGAGGAGUCAGAAAAGAGUUUAAAUCCAACAGGUUUUGAGGAAAACCAGCACAGGACUCAGUGUGCAUUCAAGUUUUCUAACACUGUUAUCUUUGACUUAGAUUGUGAGUGACACAGAGCUACUUUGUCACCAAAGCCAUGCAUAGAAGACAGUUUGUAGCCAAGUGAUUGGAUGCCACUCAGUUUUGAACCAUCAUACCCAUUGUGUAGAUCAAAGUGUAGAUUGGAGUGGGACAAACUGGUAUUUUGCUACCAUGGUGUGGUCUGACAAGCCCUCGAUGCUGGAAAGGAUGCAAUAGAGGCAAUUUUGCUAGAUAAAUUUAUCUGUAAUAGAAAAAAAUAAGAAAGGCAAGAAAGUCUUGGAGCAUUGCUUCUUCUUUGGCUGAAUGUUUCAGCUUCUGAUAGUGGCAGGUUGAAAUUAGCAACUAUGCGAACCAUGAGAGACAAUUGUCCAUUCAAGGAAAUAAUAAAAAUUUUUAAUUGUAUCUACUUAUUUUGUCUCUUUUUUUGUAGAAAGGACAGAAAACAAUUACACAGGUAAACAACUCUGUUUAAACAUAGGCUGAGAGAAGAAUAAUGCUGACUGUAGUUUGAAAAAACACAAUGUGGAACCUGCACAGAAUGAUGCAAAAUUAAUGAUGACAAUGAAAUGCAUGGAAAAUGUGGUGAAUUAACUUAGAUUCUACACUGAAUUUUGGUGUUGUCAUUACAUCAUUGUCUAAUGGAAUUGAUGCAGAAAUAAUAGGCAGUUGAGUGUUGUCAUAACAUCUGGUGAUAGAAAUAUCAAUGAACAAUGGACUGCUAGAUGUGAGUGUUUGCCUAUAAACUGGUUGAUGUAAUCAUAGUGUGGUCUGACUGUAGGCUGAUGCAUGUUAACUAGCAUUAUCUGACAAUUGUAGGUGUAGACGUAAUAUGAUCUUGCAGUGGACUUCUGGAUGUUCAGCACAAUGACCUGAUACUGGACAGAUAGACUGAUUUAUUUUGAGCUAUGGUUUUGUGGGAGUGGUGUUUUUCAGCAUAGAAGUGAAAUGGUCUAAAUUGGGCUAAGUGGUCCUAUUUUAGACUGAAUAAUAUGUACUGUAUGUGGGUCUGUACUUUGAGAAAAUAUGAUAAUGUGAAGAGGUAAAAGGUCAAGAAACUACGGAGUGGAAACAUUUCAUGUUCAAAGGGUUUUUCUUCAGCAAAGGUUGCCAUCUGCUUCACUCUUCCAGCCAGCAUACCCACACUGCUGUCUGCUAAAGUUAACCCUUGUGGGAGUAGUUAUUGCUCCUUUGGUGACAUUGCCUUGUGCUUGACAUCUCCGCAGUGAUAGAGGCACAGGUCAAAAGGACCAUUUUUUUAAUGUGGAAGUGAAAAUGUACAUCUGCUGUCUCAGAUUUCUGACUUGAUGUCAGAGGUUUCAGCACUAUACAUAUUCUGCACCAAAUUGGUUUUUCCUAAAGAUGUUGGAAUUUGAAGGAAAGAUAAGUUUUCCAUAAUGCCACGUUUCACAUUAUGCUAAGUUAAAUUUAGUUUUGAACUUUGUGUGGUUUUUUUUUGGUUUUGGUUUUUCUUUUGGUCAUAUCCUUUUGCUUAGGAAUUGAAUUGUCAGAAUGUGUGAUAUUUAGAAAUAUUCUAUAGUAAAUUGGGUAGAAAUAAACAUUUGCACAAUGAUCAUUGUGAGAAAAAUGGUGAAAUUUGUAAUGGACAAGGUAGGUAUGGGAGAGUCCUAAACCCUUCUAUGUCUUAAUAACAUCUAUCUGUAUCAUUAGUUAUUUUUGCAACAAAUAGCUUUUCCUUAUUAGCAAGGACAUGAUGAAGUUUUAUUUUUCAGCCAACUGCUGUUAUCGAUGUGAAUAUGCAUUAUGUCUUCAUGUUUUCCAGCAGCUCACACACAGCCUAAAGAUUUUUUUCAGAUGUACUGAGUGCUUACAAGCACAACAAAGAUGUGGCAACAAGAAAGAGCCUUCACAAAGUCUGACUAAACAGACUAAAGAUCUUGCCAGCAGUUAGCUAAAGUGCUAGUAUUUUAUCUUUUAACCUGCUAUGUGUUAGCAGUCCUACUAGAGGCAGAUUAGGCAUAACUCGAGGGAAAAAUGAGUGGGCUUAGUUCGUGAAAAUAUGCAAAAUCAGAACAAAACAAGAAGAUUCAUGAGGUAUAAGCCAGCAGGUUAUCAGGGUUGAGAUAUUGCUGGGAUUUAGAAGGUGGCUUAGGCCUCAUUUCCUGCGAUUUUAAAAAUGUGUACGCUGAUUGAGCAAUGCAUUAUUCGUUUAUUAAAGGUGUUGAAUGUUUUCAUUUAUCAGGGACUUCAGAAGUAUGAAUUAAGGUCAAUCAGCACUCUAUUUCAAAAAACAAAAAUUCAUUGACACAUUAUUUUAUAAUAAACUAACACUGGUAGAGUAUGAGAACCUUUUCAUUAAGAUUAGUGUCUAAUGGCAACAUCCAAUAAGCAUUUAGCAGUUAUCUUAGUGCUGUGCACAAAUUGGAAAAGGAGGUCAAGUGUAUGUAUGUGACUUUGGUUAUAGCAUUCUUUAACUGGAUCUUCCAAAACCUACACAAUUUCAGCUUUGUUGACAUGAAUAAAGAACAAUGUGACUGAAAGAGAAGUUCUGAGUCUGACAAAGUCGAUUUCACAGUUUCCUGCUUGUACCAAAAUAAUCAUUUUGGAUAGCAGGUAGCAGAAACAAAGCAAACUGUGACAGCCUACAUUUAUGAAGGAGUCCUGCACAGUCUUUUUGUGUCUGGCUCUUCCACCCUUGUGUUCCUUGGCCAAAAGAAGAUUUAUUGGCUACUACUAUCAUCAACACUUUCUUCCAGAGUAAGGGGAACUGGCCAGGAGGGAUUGAGUAGUUUGAGAGAAUAAAGCUGUGGUCACUCGCAACCCUAGAUAUACAGUAGCUUACAUGUUCUUAAAAUGCAUAACAGUUAACUUAAUUUAAUAAUUGUAACUAAAGCAACAAUAGCUUAGAAAUUUUUUUGGCAUAAUAUAUUUUAUAUACUUAAAGAUACAUGAUCUAUGGACAGACUCCUCAUAAUGCUUGGAAAGUUAUAUCAUAAUUGGGUGGGUCAGGGCCGAUUGUAAAAGCUGUAAUAAAAGUAUUCUUAUUUGUUGGGGGUUUUUUUUCUUAAGAUAAUUCACAUCCCCUUAUUUCAUACUUUUAACAUUGUUUCUGCUGUUAUUUUGAAAUCAAUGUCUGAUGCUGCAACAUGCCUCUUUAUCAACUAAUACUUUUCUUCAAGUCUAGCAAAGAUCUCGAGGUUCGAUCUUACACUAAGCAGUUGUUUUGCUUGUCAUAGGGAUGGUUGUAUGCUUUCACUAACCUAUGAUGUAACAUUGGGAUCUAGUUAAUUAAAUGUAGGUUAUCAAUACAAAACCUUAAUAAGAAAUGCUAACCAUAUAACAUCGAGUUAGCUGUCAGCGUGAAGUUCUCUCUUUAUAUCACUUGCAACCACAGUUUUUGUCUUUCAAGUUUUUAUUAUUGGGAAAUCAGAUAACUUUUCUCCUGCCUUUUUUUAAAAUUUACUGCUGCAGUGGUUUAUAACAAUGGUGAUCUUUUCCAUCUUCAAAUGUCUCAGUAAAGCCAGCUGAAUGGUUAAUAAACUGACCCCCUCUUCUGUUGCAACCACCAACAAGUGUGUGAAUAUUUGACAAAAUACCCUCAUUCUUUGAGAUUCAUUUCUUAGUUGAGUUAAUUUAACCUUGAACUGACUGGUGACAUUAUCUUUUAGUGCAUGAGGGCUUUACAGAUGGUUAAGACCUUUUGUGGGUAACACAGUUACUAUAAUGUGCUGCUGCAGCACUUGAAGAUGAUUUUUGAGAAGGUUAUGUAACAUUCCAUGCACACUGCACAGCAUGUCAUUAAGGACAUGAUCAUUGUGAGGAACUUAUGGAUAGGCAUGGCAGCUGAUAAGGCCUGUCUUGAGUGAUGGUGUUUAAGUCCUGAAUGGGACCACCAGCUAGUCCACUCCACAUUUGUGAGCCAGGUUUUUUUCUCUGACCAAAUCCCAUCCAAGGUACCUUGAAGGACCAUCUUUGACAUAGUGUCAUGUCAGGUCACAUGACUGAAUCAGACUAGCUUAUAUUGCUUGACUGUUGAAAGUAGUGGCUCCUGGUGUCCUCUGAGUAUGACAAUGCUUCAUGCAAAGUCAUUAGUUUUAUGCUCUUGCAUGAGAUCUGGACCAGCCUCAAGCACUUGGUCUCAAAUGACUGGAUUUUCCUCUGGAUAGUUGAGUGGUUAGAGCACUAGCACUCAGACCUAGAGGUAUGCUGGUUCCAUGCUCAUGUUGCACAGUAAGCUUUUCCUUAGUCGACCCAGUUGUCUGGAAUGGGUACCUUACUCCAUAAAAUACUGGUGCCCAACCUCUUCUCACCCGAGGCUUGCACUGGACAUGAUAUAAAAUCUUGUGGGCCAGAACAUGGCAGUUUUGCCAGAAUCAUGACAUUAAAAAUGACAUUAUUUUGUGUCUGCUUAAAAUGAGUAGGUCGGAUGUGGCCCACGGGCCGUAGGUUAGGCACAGGCACCUGUGCCAUAAAAUGUUGGGAAAGGUAAGGCAGCGAGUGAGAGAAGAUGGGCACCACCCUCACAUAAAGCUUGCCCCCAAGAAAAGUGAGGUCUCUAACACCUCACUCCCUGAUGACUUUUUUUUUUAACCUUUUCCUCUGCUUAUCCUAGGGUUGCCAGUGACUGAGACUUUUGCUCUAGUCUGUGAGAUCUUGCAGUUGGUCUCUGUUGGUUCCUGUUAUCGGAUUGAUUUCAUCUGCAAAACAUAAGUUGCAUAUCAGACAUCUACUGUUGGAAAUGUGAAGGUUGUUGAGGAUUUCUUGUACUAUGUUCUCCAACAAGAUGUUGAAUAAAAUGUUCAUACUGGCAAGAAAAUCUUCACUGACAAUUUUAAAAACUAAUCUGUGAAGAACUGAAAAUCAAACUGGGUUAAUAAGCUGAAUGUCUGUAUGAAUUUGUGAUUAAUGUUUCUGACACCAUGGGCUGUCAGCUUUCAUCAUUCCUUGUCUAAUAAAGUAAUAACAAAUG